AGGGUUUUCACGAGUAUCGCUUCAACCUGAUAAUUCCUCAUAAAUUGGCCUUCUUCCAGUUUUCACAGCACUAAAUCAACAGUGCCAACCACCGCAAGCAAGUGCACAGCUCACCCAGACUGCUGCUGGCUUGCUGCAGCCAGCAGCACAAAAGAGCAAAUGAGCUGCCUCGGCAUCGACGUCUCGAGCACGGUGCAGGGCUCGGAGCUGGACCACAUUACGGUCGAAGGCAUCGAGGCGACGGACGCGCUGGGGCGGGCCAUCUGCCAGAGCCAGCUCACCGUGCGCUGCGAAGGCGUCGCUCCCUUGAAUUUGGACCUCAAGCUCUCGCCGGACGACCUGGAGCCGGUGUUUAGUGGCGCGGCCUGGGCCGGCACGGUUUUGUGGCGCGCGGCGGCUGUCUUAGUCGAUCGAGCGUUUCUGGGGGCGGAUGCGGUGCAAAUAAAGGGCCGGACGUGCAUCGAGCUGGGCUGCGGGUUAGGUGUCCCGGGCAUGGCCUGCGCCCGCCUGGGCGCGAGGAACGUCGCUCUCACCGAGCAGCAGUUAGAUCUGUGUGGAAAUCAAUGGCGUGGAAUCUACACGCCAUCGAGCAGAUGCAGUUGCGGGGCGUCCAAAAUUUUGAUUUCCACACAGGUCGCUCGUCGACCUCCUCACAAGGAACGUGGCGGCCAACUUUUCCGCGGGGGAAGACGUGCGGGCGGUCUCGUUCCCCUGGUCGCGCGCCGGCGCCGAGGCGCUGAAGCACGACUUCUGUGACGGUGGGUGUUUCGACGUGAUCGUCUGCUGCGACUGCGUCUACAUGCCCCUCUACGGCGACUCGUGGAAGGCUUUGCUCGAAGCCAUCGACGCUUUAGCUGGGCCCGCGACGGACGUCCUCAUCUCGCUGGAGCGACGCCACGUCAAGGACGGCGACGACGGCGUCGACCCGUUCCUGGAGGGCAUGCGCGCGAACGGCUUCGCGCGGACUUCGUACCCGGCGGCCAUGCCCGUCGAGGUGUUCCGCUUCCGGCGUGAGGCGUGACGCGUCGUCGACGGCGUCAGGGGCUUUGUUUGUUUUAAUCGUGUCGAGUUUCUU